GAGGGGCGGGGCCUCUCACUGCAGGCGUGACGUAACACUGUAAACAGGAAGUAGACAGCUCGGGUUGGAAGAGGAGUUUACUUGCAAAAAACAGAUUAACGUGAUCUGACUCGAGAGUCAUGGGCAAAAGCUGCAAGGUGGUUGUGUGUGGCCAGGCUGCAGUCGGCAAAACGGCAGUGUUGGAACAACUACUGUAUGCUAACCAUGUUGCAGGUUCAGAGCCCAUGGAGACCCUGGAGGAUAUCUACAUCGGCUCCAUAGAAACUGACCGUGGCACUCGAGAGCAGGUUCGCUUCUAUGACACCCGCGGGCUCCGGGAUGGGAUGGAGUUUCCUCGACACUACUACACUUUUGCAGAUGGCUUUGUUCUCGUCUACAGCGUUGACAGUAAAGAGUCCUUUAAGCGGAUGGAGGCCCUCAAGAAGGACAUCGACCGCCACAGAGAUAAGAAAGAGGUGACCAUUGUUGUGCUGGGGAACAAGCUGGACAAGCAGGAGGAGAGGAGAGUUGACUCUAAUAUGGCUCAGAACUGGGCCAAGAAUGAGAAGGUGCGUCUGUGGGAGGUGUCGGUGGUGGACCGGCGCACGCUGAUCGAACCCUUUGUCUACCUGGCCAGCAAAAUGACUCAGCCACAGAGCAAGUCCACUUUCCCUCUCAGUCGCAAUAAGAAUAAGGGCAGCGGGUCUACAGACAGCUGAACCACCAAACACUGUUGUCACGUUCAAGAGGGAGGAAAAAGGGACAAGAGGUGUAUUAAGGGGAACUUAGUUUCACAAAAAACUAUUUGGAUAUUUUGAAGGAUUACAGUUCUAAGAGUUGAUUUGGGGUAAGUGAUGGAUCGAUGAUGAGAAAAAGUCUAAUUUUAUGGAUAUUUAUGUACAGUGAGUACUGCUGGUAUUGGUAUAGGAUCCAUAUUUGAUAUUUUGGUGAAAUACAUACGACUUUAAUUCUAAAUGAGUAAACAUUCUGAUCUUUUAUCAGCGAAGAAAUUGAAGGAUGCAAUGUGCUUUUGUUUGUCAUUCCUAUUGUAUUGGUUUGGAUGAUGGUUAAACUACUCAUCCACAUUCUUUACAAGUAUAGCUGUAACCGACACGACGUAGUUCUCAAACUACUCACACACUUUUCUCUCAGUUCAUCCCUGAAUAUUCCUGCGUUUCUCUAUCUCUGAGACUCAUGGUGUUCACUGUGUGGGCACAUGAGGAACGAGCUCACGUACACACGGGCUACUGUUUUAUUUACAUGUACGCAACACGUACACACAGAUUAAAUCAGAAGUAGCAGCAGUUACUCAUGUUACGUUCAUUUUGCAUCACACUAAUGCUGAAGAUGUUGUAAAAAAUGUGAUGGGUGAAGGUAUUUUAUUGCUACAUUAUUGAUGAUGUACCUGUGAUCUGGAGAUGUGUUACAUUAUAUUUGUUCUUUGCUGAGAUUCACUGUACAGUGAAUGAUUGACAUUCCUUACCACAUAUUGCCUUCUGUACAGGCUUUAGAGAUCAAAUGAGAUCAAACUGUUGAGAUGAGAGGGUUCUGAAGGCUCAGGUAUUGUUUCUGGUCGUGACACAUGAAAGACAUUAGAGCGCUCCAUGUAGUCUAAUGCCGUGACAUUGUCACCAAAGUUCAUCGAUAUAGUCUUUAUCCGUGUGUCCGUGCCUCAGGCUCUCAACACUGUGUACAUGGAGGUUACAUUUUGUGAUUAUCACGCUUUUAUCUAUUAAUAUCUAGACAAUGUGUUCACUUGAUAUUUGUUUGCAUGUUUUGUAAACAAAUUAAAGAUUUUUGCUUUGCCUACCCAGAA